AUGACCUUGUGCAGUACAUUAUCAAGAAAUGAUCAGCAGUCUGUACUCACUCCUACAUGGAGCACACCAACAAUCAGCUCUUUCAAUUGGGACUCUGAGACCACAGAAGGAACCAAUAAAGCCGUGGACAUGAAUUUUAGGGAUGUUGUGUUGUCACGGACUUCAAUGAAUCACCCUUUGGCCGAAACAGAGACAGAGCUGGAAUCACAUACUGACAGGCUGCUCCGCCUUACCAGGGACUUAUAUGAAGUCACACACCUACCUGAUGCUGCCGUACCAUUUUCAGAGAUGAGACAAGAGGAACACACACCAGUAAAUAGACUCCUAGACAAACAGGAGACCCAGCAGACUCCCAAAAAACAGCAGGAACAGGUGCUCUUUCCCAAAGUCCAGGGAAACACUUUACCUGGUCCAGCUGUCUGGCCUCAUGAGCUUGAUGUGUGCACUGUGUUGAGGAGUUUGUUGGACCUAGUGGAUGAGCACUGGAAUGGACAGUUCUCUCUCCACCUCAAUCCCAACUUUAUGGCUAAAGCCAUCCUGAUUCUGUUAUCUCUGACCAAGCCUGUUCUACCUUCCAAAACUGAGGACAAGCAUAUGAGAGGAAGUAUUGAUGAGCUGAAAGGAAUGCAGGAGAGCGGAGCAUGCUGGGACGUGGAGAAAUCCAGGCAGGUAAAGAGCAGGUUGGGGUAUGAGCUCAUUGGGAAUAAGGAGUGGAAAAGCUGUGAAGGAUACAGAUCAGGAUGUGAUGUCUCUGAAGUUAGACACCUGAAAAGACAACUUGCCAAAACUCAACAUGCACAGGAAUCAUUGAAGACGAGGCUGAUCUCGGCUUUAAAAGAAAAUUUCAUUUUGCGAGCAGAGAAAAGGAAGAUAAUCACAGGUUUAGAAAGUGACACUACACUUUUGGAGUUGGGGGUACAUCUGGAGAGUGAUACACAAGUUCUUCAAAAGCAAGACAAACUCCUAAAGCAGCUGGAACGAACACUGCAUCUUCUGAAGGACAAUCAGAGAUCCUUGGUAUCCCAUAAUGACUUGCGACGGGAUGUGAUCAAAAGAGCCAGCAAAUGCAGUAAAACAUGA